AUGUCAUCCCUCUUUUGGCCGUUCUGGCGGCGAAAACCUCAUUACCAAAUACCAGACUAUCAUCACACUACCGACGCGACCGCUGCCAUUGGGCAACUUAACACUCCUGGCGCAUCAACAGCAACCUUCACCUCUGAAAACCUCUUGCCUGUGGACGACUGGACUAGCCAGGGCGCGCCUCAAGUUGGAGUCGCACAUGCAGCAUCCAACAUCACCACAUCCGUCAACGCAGCUCCUUCCUUUGUCACCCCUGAGCACCGCCGUCACCACGGCAGUGCCAACGCAGACGCUCACACGACGCCGAAUCCAUUCACUCCGACCUCCAAUUCGACGCAGCGGCCUGCCGUAGAUCAGCAAGUAAAUAAACGCCUCAAAACAUAUUCUCAGCAACCCGCCUAUCCAGUGUCGUCACUCGAACAAGGUGCUGAACCUGCCGCCGCAGCUGUGGCCGCGUUGAACCCGCCGCAGUCCGCCUUCCACAGACCCAUCAACAACACAAAUCUCCUUCAAUCACCAUUUCGAAGUCGCACCAAAACGACAGUCGAUACUGCUCAUCGUCUUCGACGACUACCCGCGGCACGCCUCUGGAAUCCGACCAACUCUACGCCACGACUUCCCGAGUCGCGAAAACGUAGGCCGUCGUCACCGCCCAUUCCUGCGCUGCCUCUAAAGCACCCCGCGCUUGAGAGAUCUUCGGAUAUUCAUGACCCUAUCGCAACAGGCGCCGGCGAUUACCCACUUCUGACUUUAUCGGAGCAACGACAAUCAAGAUACUCACAUUCUACUCGUGCAAGUUUCCAAGUUGAACGGAGUGGAACCAGCGAUCACCGAAUCAGUCUUCCAAGGUCCCUUCGAGUAUCGUAUGACGGGAAACAGACUCUCCAACGCAAAGCAACGCCUUUGGAAGCAGCAACAGAACAAGCCAGCGGCCAGAGCAUAGACAAGUCAACCAUCGUCUUGCCUUCAGCAAAGAGUUUGGGCAAACAGAAAGCGACCAUGGCUCCUGAUAACGAGGAUGUGCGGCGGUCCUAUUCCAGAGAUCUUGAACGUGGCCCAGAUGUGAUGGACCCUCGAGUCUCAAAUGUCUCCGCCGGAGAUGGGAUUGGAUCUGCUCUCUCCUCGUCCAACUCUUCAAUUAUGGGGGAGGAUGUGCAACCAGAUGCUGGUGAGGAAUGGGGACCGCAACACCCCUGUUUUCCUCACCUCAACCCACAUGUUCCCAUUGACUCUAUCGAAUAUGCGAAUACGCGAAUAAUCCGUGUGAAGAGGGAUUGGCUUGUGGCUGGCGAUUUGGCUCCAACCUUUUCUAACCUCUAUCCGGAAAUCCUUGACCCUGCUGGUGUUUCUGAGCAAGAAUUUAGACGGGUUAUUGAGAAGCUGAAUGGGGAAUUGAUACCCAUUUUUGAUCCCUUCACUUUCAGAAACAUGCUCGACAGUGUCCUAGGACUCGUGACUGGCUGGCUUUGGGACGAUUUUGGUUUAACGGCUGCCAAAUCGCGCCUGAGCGGUCUUGAGAGCUGGAUUGAGAAGUGGAAUCAGGAGAUGGAAAAGACAAUGGCGCCUGAAGAAAAUACUAUUCCACCAAAGCUGAUUUCACUGCGACGAACCGGCUACAUGACUCUUGACAUACAAAUACCAGAUCCUGAGAUUGCUCCAGCGCCAAGCACUAUCGGAGCAAGCGAGUCACGAACUGCAUUACCAAUGGAGCCAGGCCCUGCCAUUACGGCCUAA